GUUCAGGGAUCCAAACCAGCUGUUUCGGUUUCUUGUUGUGCAGUUUGGGUAGGUCUAUCCUCAUGAAGACCCCAGGCAAAAUCAAUGAGAUACUGGGAGCGUGGAAGAGCAGCUCUGUAAAUGUGUAAGUCUAAAUAUAAACACAGGCCACCCCCUCUUGAGAGUUGCAGCAGGACCGUUUGGUUUGUGUCAUACUACUGAUAAUAUUCGUACAGUGCAAAGCUACUGCUGUGGGUGUCAUCUGUAAGGAAAGCGAAACGAGUGAACUACUUUUUACAAACCCUGGGAUCUACAGGAAGAAAAGACAAGUUUAAGCCUGAACAAAGAUCCCUGGAGGAUGGAGGACCAAUCAAUAAGUACAGCCAAAGCCACAGAAGAUAAACCUGUCAAGAAAUCAGUGGCUGAGCUGGCAGGAAAGUUUAAAGGUCAAGCUGUACCCUCACCUGCAGGAAAGGACGAGCAACAGAACAACAGAGUAAAUCGAAGGAGACCCCCUUGCUCACUUCCGCUGCAUGACACGAAGAAAGAAUCUGGACAAAGUGAAGAACAGAAAGGAGCCACCAAUGCCUCUUCACUUUCUCUCAAAGUGAAGGCCAAGAAUUCACCUCUCAUUGAAAAACUGCAGGCCAACCUGGCAUUAUCUCCCAAUGCCCUGCUGCCAUCUCCCAAGAGUCCUGGAGUGAAGCUCCCCCCCUCCCCCUUCCCCUUCGCCAGCCCUCCGUCCACUCCCAGCAGUCCAGGCGUGCGUUCCCGCUCCAGUGAAGAAGAGGCGUCGGUCAGCUUUGACAAACCAGCAGAGGGCACUGUGUUACACAACAUAAACAAGGGACGAGCCCGUCUCUCCAUCAAGCGCAGACCACCAAGCCGGAAGCUCAGGAAGUCGUCAUCUGAAGAGCCAACAGGCAAGACUCCAUCCCCCAGCCAGGAGCAGCCACAGAGGAAUGGAGAGGAUGACGUGUUUGAAGCAGUCAAAGUAGAGGAUCCCAAAGAAGACAAGCCCUCAAAGAAAGAGUCUGAAGGAGGUGUAAAGAGCUCUGAAGGGGACAAGCUGCAAGAUGCCCCCAAGUCCAAAAAACUGGGGGAGAGUGUAGAGCACGUGGGCAAAGUUUCAGAGGAAGAACCUGACAGGCCACAGGAAACCCCUGAGGCUUGUGAGAAUAUGGAAGUGGAGCACAGGCCCAGCAAGAAAGCCCAGGCAGAGACUAGAGCCUUGGACAAUACCCCUGGAGAUACACAGGCUGCUGGCUUGAUCAACAACAAUGAAGAUACAAAAACUGGAGAGACCAGCAGGGGGGAGGAAGAGUUGAAGACAAAUCAGGAGGAGGAGGUGAAGACAAAUCAGGAGGAGGUGAAGACAAAUCUGGAGGAGAAGCUGAAGACAAAUCAGGAGGAGGUGAAGACAAAUCAGGAGGAGGUGAAAACAAAUCAGGAGGAGAAGCUGAAGACAAAUCAGGAGGAGCUGAAGAUAAAUCAGGAGGAGCUGAAGACAAAUCAGGAGGAUUUGAAGACACAUCAGGAGGAGGAGAUGAAGACAAACGGUUCAGAUGACAAGGACAAAUGACCUGAGGGCGAUGGAAACUGAGAUGACUGAGAAACCAAACCUGUCCAAUCACUGGAGGCUGGUUUGCAUAUAACAGCCAAUCCAAAUAAGUCAACGAACACCCGUCCAAGCUCAGGUUCCAGACAUUCACCAUUGCAGGAGUCCUCAGGCUUCUUCUCUCAUCUUUGUAUAUUAACCCUUAGAGUGCUGGAGGCCAGUACACUUCAUGUUCUUAUAGGCAUCUCCUCUUCAUCUCAUGUUUGCGUUGUGGAAGGUUUCCAUGGAAACAGUGAUUUACAAUAACAAUGUCAGUCAAGAGAAGUCAGCUUGGAUUCUAAAAGUGUUUAUCCAUGGAUAACACAUAAAAGGAAGGAUUUAAAUAGAGAUAGUGUUAAUAUUUUGCUAGUGACUUCACAUGGGUUUCCAUAUAGGCUGCAGUUUUAACAAUUAAAGCUGCAUAUAUAAAAAACAGCGGGUAUCGCUGUAUAGAAAUGACACAGCCUGCUGUAUUCUUCAGCAGUCUAUAGGCUACGAGUGAGAAGAGUUUACUAUUCCCAAGUUAAAGAUAUAUUGUUACUGUAUUUGUGGAAAAAAAUACUAAAAAUAUUAAAGCUUUGUACAUGUUUUUAAGGAAUUUAUAAAAAA